UCAGCCGGUUUUACCGGUUUCGCCUCUUUCGAUCGACUUUCACGAAGGCCUUGAAGAGAACGUAUUAUAUUCCGAUGAAAACCUAAAUGAAAAUUUUCGCAAAAAGAAAAAUUAUCCAACUAGCGCUAAAUGCCGUUUCUGCAAGCCAUUUUUCUCUAACGAUGGGCGUACAAUUAAGUUUUUUUCUGCUCCUGAUUCAUGCACUUGCUACAAGCGGAGAGCCAAUUUUCAGUACACCUGAAAACUUUAAUUGCAAAUAUGACAAGUAUGAGAUCUGUGGAAAUCUGACAGAUGAUGCGUCUUGUCAUUGUGAGCCUUGUCCAACCUGUCCAAUAGGGAAGGGCGUGUACCCUCUCUGUGGCCAAUCACGACUACUGUGGCCAUACCACACCCUUUGCAAGCCCUGUGAGGCAGGACGCACAUACUCUGACGGUGAAGGCAUUGGAUCUUGUAACCCCUGUGGUCACUGCGAUGGUUUCGUCACCACUAAGAACUGCACCACACACAGUAACAUUGUUUGCAGCACAACUUGUAAAAAGGGUUUCCAGUUACAUCCAAACCUCAACUCAGUGUGUAUACCAAUCCCAACACCAACGGCCAAACCAACAAGCAAACCAAUGCCUCAGCUGCCACUCACAUCACCGCCAUCAACAACAACACCAUCUAUGCCAGCAAACCAUACCACUGAAAACCGUACAAACAGUGCAGAUCUUGUACCAUCAGGACAGCCAUCAAGUCCACCUCUUAGCCGCCUUGAAGUAAUCUUGAUUGUGGUUUUGAUAGUCCCUGCGAUUGCCCUUAUCGUUGUUAUAUAUCGCAUGUGCAACAGACAGCCCCAUGCAAAUCCUGAUGACACUGAAAAUUUCCUUAUAAAUUCAUCAAGGGAGAGUUCCUCAGUAGAUGUGCACUAUGCUAAAGACAGUCAAAAAGUUUCCCUUCCACUCCCACCAACCUCUUCUACUAUAUACCAUGCCAGGAAUUUAGACAUGAGAUUAGCAGACAUCCCAUUCCCUUUGAAGCAAUACAUCAGUGUCGAGAUAUCAAAGAUAAAACCUGCAGUUAGUAAUUGGAGACACAUUGCUGAUAUGUAUGGAAAACUACCUCAUGAAUAUUAUAUCCAACUGGACGUGCCAUCAGGACAUCUGCCCGGAGAGAACCUGUUAGAUGCUCUUAACAGUUAUGAUCCACAGUUAAAACUUGAACAGUUUGUUAUUAUUCUGGAAAAAGUCCAGAGAAAUGACAUGGUGGAACACAUCUGUAAAGAAAUGGCACCAAAGGAAACUACUCUUUAGCUAGAUUGAAUUAAUUCAUUCAUUCUAGCUAAAGAGUAGUUUCCUUUGGGGUGUAAAUUAUUUUUAAGGUGUAUGUAGUAGGUAAUACUUGAAUUUGUGUAUCUUUCAUAACCCUCUCAAGCAUGGAUUUUUUUUUCUUAUAUAAGUGUCUACUAGAAAUAAUGCCAAAUAUCCUGUAAAUUACAGGCUCAGCAGAGGGGAAGGCUGUAUCCCCACCUUUUUUGUGUCAGAAACACGUCAAAUACUAUGAUUUAUUCCUUUUUCGAUUUUCAAUAUGAAAUUUCUUCCAAUUGUCAGCCCUCCAUCCCAAGAUUUUUAUGCAGGUUUUUUUUAAUGUUUAUUUGUGGCUCCAUCAAUGGAUUUCUACGUUUAUAUAGCAUGUAUAAUAGGUUUGGUAUGUUUUAUUGUAAAAAAAAAAAAAUAAAAAAAAAAUAAAAAUUCUAGAUUUUUAUGCCUUUUUUUUUAAUGUUUAUUUGUGGCUCCAUCAAUGGAUUUCAACGUUUAUAUCAUGUUUUAUAGGUUUGCUUUUGUUUAAUAGGUUACCCAUAAACCCAUAAUCCAGUGCAAAUGUGUCACUGCAAUGUGUAAUUUCCAUGAAAUAUUUUAGUAACCAAUAUUUUGGUUAACCUUAUUCCAACCUUUUAUAAGUUUGCUGAAAUGUAUCUUGUAUAAUGAUAAUAAAGGUUGAAGAGCUA